UGUCUUUCCUGCGUGUAAGAUUUUGUGAAUGCUGUGUAACUGCCCCCGUGGCCAAAAAAUUCGAUUAUCCCAUAUGCGGCGUUCUCACCCAAAGCCCCCCGUCUCACUCACUCACUCACUCAUACACUGUAUCCCCCAAAUCUCCACCGCUAGUCCCAUCACUUGUCACUAAAUGCAGCAUCGCACGAUGGCACUGAAACAUUCCGAUUACCAGGAAUCCACCAGAUGAAAAACAACCCGAGCCCGACCAAGUGAGCUAGUCUAGACCGUUUUAUUUGAAACAUGAUCAGAUCAAAAUCAGACCAUGGUCUCCGAUGAUUAUCGGGCAUCAACGCUGCCAUUUCGAGACGCCUGCAGUGAAAUGUUCCAGUGUCUGUCUCAGCUCGACCUCUCAUAUCGCUGCGCCCCAAAGGCGGGCGCCAAUUCACCGCCGACAGAGACAGGCCACCAUUUCUCGCGCUACGGAUGAAAAUGUUCCUAGCGGGAGAUGUACCCGCGCGGUUUUUAUCUGAUCUCGUACCUGAGUUAUUUCCAUGAAGCUAAACCCAAGCUAAGUUUGAGGCUCUAAAACACCAUCACCAGAGAGUCAAGACACACAAGUUAAAACGGAGACGUGUGACUUUUCAGCGUCGAAAUUGAUGCAAAAGUGCUGCGACAUGUACCGCUCAUACGAUUCAGAUUUCUUCUUUUUCCCCUCGGCCCAGACCCAGCCCAAAUGCAAGCCUCGAAUGCAUAGGGAGGCCUUGUGUUGCACAAACCUCAAGGGAAUUGGAUGCCCAGCAGCCCUGUCGCGAUCAUUGGACCCGGACCGAGACUCCUGAUUCGCUACGGCGUAGAUAUGCUGCAUUUUGCUUGUGUGGGCGAACGGCAAUUCCGCGUGCAUGCUACCGCUGGCCGCGGUCUAUAUGAAGGGCCAAUCCCCCCCAAUGUUCACUGGCAAUAAGGCAUCGAUUCACAAACAACGCAUCUCAAGAACACUACACAUUUUUUAUAUAAAUUAUCAUCAUCUACAGUAAAGAACCAUGUGUCAGGCAGUCCCAGAGAACGGCAACACGAACACGCCCCAGAAUCAGAGCCAGAGCCAGAGCCAGAGCCAGAGCUGCUGCACGCCAUCUUCGGCCACGGGAUCGACGCAGGGUCCUAAUCCUGCCAAUCUGUCUCGAUACCACGUCGAGACGUUCCCCAUCCCCGCUCCCCUCUCCGAAUAUGACUUGGAUCAUCGUCGUACAAUCACCAUUGAGUCCCAGCAGCGACUGUGGCCCCAGGACAUCUGGGUUCACAGUCCGCAUGGUCGACAGCUGUACCAGCCUGUGCUGAUGUUUGAGACGAGAGUCCCGGAGGAAAAGCCCGAGACCAACGGAAGUGCUUCCAAGAGCGGUUAAUUGAGAUGCGAUAUGUGAUAUUGGGUUGGAGGAGUCGUGAUGGGAAAAUGAUUGAAUGGGCUUGGGACGGUACGGAAUACACGCGACGGAGUUGGGGUCUUUCAUGACACGGCCAAUCAACGGGUUUUGCUUUAUUCUGCAUUUCGACAAAAAACCACAAAACAUCAAACAACAAGGGCUUUUCGACGUCUGUACCAUCGAAUUUGGGGUCAAUCACUGUACUAGCAAAGCCAACACUAUUGAUGAGAAAUAAUACAUCACAUUACUUCCCCAAUCGAAGCAUCAACACUCAAACCUCCACUCCACGUCCUCCCAUCCCCGCCUCAUCUGUAUCUCGGCCCCCAACCCAGCGCCAUACCUCUCAGGCCUCACCGUGCCCCCCGCAAGCUGCGGUCCCAACUUCUUGACAUCGCCAAAGCCCAUGUCUACAGCUUUAAUCUCAAAACCUAGUAGUAAUGCAGACGCGAAGCCGACUAUCUCUGCGAAAGCGAGGUUUCGGCCUGGACAGAGAUGGCGACCGCCGCCGAAGGGUAUAUAAGCUGCUUUUCGCUUGCGCUCGUCUUCUGCGCUGCCCUUGGACGCGGGGAGGAAACGCUCUGGAUUGAAGACGUUGACGUCUGCGCCCCAGACACUGUCUUCGUAGUGUGCUACGCCAGCGGGGAGUUGUAGGUCUGUGUCCUUUUUGAGAAUAUAUGUUGUUCCCUCGGGUGUCGUGAUGCUCGUGUCUUGGAGGAUGCGUCGCAUGCUAAGAGUCUGGUUCGCAAGCCUCAACGUCUCGCGAUAACAGCUCACCAGCAGCGGCAUCUUCUCCUCAAAAUCCACAAUAUUAAACGUCGCACUCCGCUUUCCAUUAUUCUCCUCUAUAACAGCUGCAUCCUCAGCUUCGGCUCGUAUUCGCGUAAGAAGAUCCGGUCGGUCGAGGAUGUACAGCAAAAGCCAGUAAAACGUCGGCACGGCAUUAAGCGUCGCCACAUUCGGGAGAAUAACCUCAAACUUGCCAAUCUCAUACCCAGUUAGACCGUUCUUGCGCAGUGCGCCGGCGCGGUUUCGUACGAGGGCUGAGACGCUGGGGUCGUGGAUGUCGUGGUCUUGGGCGUACCAUUUGCACGCGAUGUUUUGCAGCGUGGAGCGCGCUUUGUAGGCUUUUGGCAUUGUAAUUGAGGGGAAGAGAGAGAGGAGGAAGUAGGGGACUGAUUCUUCGAAAAGCCUAGUUCAUUAGCGAUGCGUUAACGUGUGAUGGGGGGACAUACCACAUGUCUUCAAUUAAAGAGGGAUCGCGAUUGAACGG